CGAAGUCCACACGUAGGCCUCAAACGGUUGUCAGUCCAUCCAGGGCACUCGGGGCUGCGUGCCGGCUCUCCCGCACUGUGCGCCCCACUGUCCUCAUAGCAGAUCCAAAUGGACUGACAGUGGAGCACCUUCAGGCAGAAUGGACAUCCCUGAUCAUUCCCAGGAGCAGCAGCAUGCUCCUGGAGCACAGGCAGUCGGCUACCUUGAUGACAUGUUCACUUUAGAAGGAGCAUCAACAUCCCAAGAGCACAGUAUGGAGCCCCGAGACGCAAGGCCUGAGCCCAACGAGGGCUGUCCCGUGUGUGGAGACAAAGUUUCAGGGUACCACUACGGCCUGCUCACCUGCGAGAGCUGCAAGGGUUUCUUUAAGCGCUCUGUGCAGAACGACAAACACUACACCUGUGCAGAAGGACAGAGCUGCCCCAUGGACGUCUCCCAGAGGAAGCGCUGUCCUUCCUGCCGCUUCCAGAAGUGUUUGGCAGUGGGCAUGAAGAAAGAAGCAGUGAGAGCGGACCGCAUGAGAGGCGGCAGGAAUAAAUUUGGGCCUCUCUACAGGCAGAUGAAAGAACAAAAAGUGCAACCCCAGACAAAUGCUGCCCCCUAUAGAAUCAAAAUGGAAGUAACGCAAAGGCUAUGGCCUGCCGCUGCAAGUGACUGUCCAAUCAUGUGCAACCACACAAGCGCUCCAGUGUCUCCGGAUGCUUUCCAUCAGCCUCACUUGAUGUAUCCCUCUGGAAUGGGGGUGUCUGGUGCACACUUACCUUUUGACUGCACUGUGGGUGAUGACAGGGUGGCCCCUCCUCUGCCGCUUCCCUACGCCGGACUGCAUCACCAGACAUACCUUCAGGAGGAAAGACAAACACCUUUGAGUUACAGCCCGGCUCCUUUACACUACUCCCUGCACCGAACCCCCAACAACUCCUACACGUUAAGAAGCGCCCCAUCUACGUCAUCAUCGUGCUCCACACAGAGCUCCAACAUCCCCCUCACGCCGCCCCCUGACCCUGCCAACGCUUCCACCUCCACGAGCUCCACCAGCACCGCCAUGCAAGCUUCCAGCUUUCUUAGCCAACUCCUUGAAGGGGAGCAGGACGAGAGCCAGCUGUGUGCCAAAGUGGUGGCAAGUCUACAGAGGGAACAGGCAAACCGAGGCAAACACGACUGUCUGAAUACAUUCAGCAUCAUGUGCAAAAUGGCCGACCAGACAUUGUUCAGCCUGGUGGAGUGGGCCAGGAACAGUGCACUCUUCAAGGAGCUGAAGGUAGAAGACCAGAUGGUUCUGCUGCAGAGCUGCUGGAGUGAGCUGCUGGUCCUGGACCACCUCUGCAGACAAGUGACCUAUGGAAAAGAUGGUUGCAUUUAUCUUGUCACAGGACAACAGAUAGAGCUGUCAACCAUCAUCUCGCAGGCUGGAGCUACACUGAGUGGUUUGGUGACCAGGACGCAGGAUCUGGUGUCCAAACUGAAGGUCCUCCAUUUUGACAGACAAGAGUUUGUCUGCCUUAAAUACUUGGUGCUUUUUAACCCUGAUGUGAAGUCCGUGCAGAGUCUCGGGCAAGUGGAGCACACUCAGGAGAGAGUGAACAGGGCGCUGAUGGAACACACCCAGCGAUCUCACCCGGGACAUUCGGACAAAUUCGGCCAGCUGCUUCUGCGGCUGCCUGAGGUGCGCAGCAUCAGCCUGCAAGUUGAGGAAUAUCUGUACCAGCGCCACCUGCUGGGCGAUUUGCCCUGCAACUCUUUGCUCACAGAGAUGCUGCACACAAAACACAGCUGAGAACAAAAGAAGAAUGAACAAGAAAGCUGCAGCUUAACAGUCAGGCUUUUCCUUUGAUGUUUACAUGGUAGUAUGAGACUGUAAAUUAACCAAUUGCACUGAAACUGACUGGCACAAGUGGCCUCUGUUGCUGUGAUGUAAAAAAAAAUGUAAAUACAAUUUCAACGCUAACAUGAACAAAUAUGACAAUGAUUUAAAAAUGAUUUUUAUUCUGGUCCUGAUGCAAGGAGAGCUGAUGAAUGACGAAUGACAAACAUAAAAGUACUGGCACAAAUUUGAUGACAGAAAACACAAAAUGUUAUGACAUGAGGAGAAAAAAAAAAUACUACCUUAACCAACAAGUACAUUAGUAGAACCUGAAAUUAAACAUCAAAUCUAAAGCAAACUAAAUAAAUAGACCCCCAGGUGGCAAGGAUUUUGAGGGGGGAGGAUUGCACAUAAUCAAAAUGUAGUUAUUGCAAAACCACAUACUACUUUUGAUAAAUAAAUACACACAUCCAUAGUCCAUGUGCACACAUUCUUAGUUUUUUCUUUUUAAUUUUUUUCUCUCUCACAUCCAUAUUUAAUUCAUUCAUUUGUUGGAGGCAGCCAGUGAUUGCUAAGAGGCGGCACAAAAGCUAACGGGUCAAUUUACCUUAAUAGCAAUAUUAACAUCCCUGGCAACUACAAUAGUAAAAAGUUUGGCCAUUUACAUUCCUCCAGUUUUACAUUGCAUGGAGGAGUCUAAAUAGACUUGAGUGGCUUAGAUUUAGGGCUGCUACAGUCCGGAAUAAUCCUUCAUCAAGAAGCCUUCAGUUUAUAAACCUGGACAUAGGAAGGAAGUCCAUUUAUGGUAAUAAACAGACUCCCAAAGACAAAUAGGGUUCAAUCCCUCCACCCACACCCUUCUCACAUACUCAUUUGAUCCCAAAACACACAUCUAUCUAUGCAGCAGUGCAGCAGACGAGCUUAUUUCAAGCUUACAAAGGGAUUUUAACUUUUUUUUUUUUUUUAAUUUUUAACAAAUUCUCAAAAACAAACAAAGUAAUCAGCAUUCAUUAUGUGUCAAAUCAGCAUUGUAUCAUGAUGAGUAUGAACUCUAGCCCUCCUUCAUUUUUUAUUUCCAGUUUCUUCACCACAUGAAAUAAGGAAAAGUCAUUCAAUUCAUCGUUCGGCCUUUAAGGGAGGCUUAGACGAUUUAUCCAGCAAAAAACGUACAAAAGACAUCCAAAUGUCUGACAGCAUAAAGUUGAGUGCACAGGCGGAGGAAUCACGCAGCCUUUCCAAAACACCCCUGAAUAGGAUGAAUGGUUAGUGUGUGCCUAACAUUCAUACAGUAUGAGAGUAGUCUUUUCCAGAUGUGAUGUGUCAGUCUACUGAAUAGCGAGUAAGCCCUAGAAAGAAGAAGAAAAAAAAGGCAGAGAAAAAUGAGAAGAUAGAAACAGGGAUUACGAGGCAUGGGGACUACUCCGGCCCUAAGUCAUGUUGCAAGGCAGUGAGGUUGUCCCAUCUUGGGCCAGGGUAAGGCAAGGCAUGAAGGAGGCAGAGCGCCAGGAAAGCCAACAGAAUGUGUCGUACAAUCAUUCUUCCAGGAGUACUGAGGAGAGAUGCCAUCAAAGCAGUUAGAUGUUGAGUGGUUCAUCCAUUUUCUUGGCACAUAGCGCUGAUUGUUGUCAUGGUCUCAUGUGACCUAAAGACUCCGUCACUCCAGUUGUCUGCUACUAAUCUAAAAAAAACAAAAACAAAAAAGCAAGUACAAAAGCUCCCUACUGGCCAAAAUAGAAAAUGUUC